AUGUCAUCUUCGGGAGAAACUCGUCGCAACAGCCUGGUGGAGAGCACGGUUCAGCCGUCGGAAAGCUCGGUCACGAUCCAGGGAACGGCAACUCCUCCUGAAGCCGGUAAAGACGAAGGAGCAGAAGGCGAGCGAAAACCUCUGCUGGGAUAUCCGCACAAGUCUACAGCCCUGUCACCCUCCUCUCGACCAGGGCCUUGGGCCCUCGUCUCAUCCUUGCUUGCCUAUCAACCUCGGCGGGUCCCCUUCGUCAACAAGCCGCUCCCAUCAAACGGCACUUCGCUCUUCGUUCUUUGCUUCCUGGGAAUCAAUGUCUUUUUCCAGUUUUACCAUGCUCCGCUCGUUGGCAAUCUCCUCUUCGCCUUUGCCGACCGAGCCGGUUGCAUGUUCGUCGUCAACCUGCCACUGCUGUAUCUCUUGGCCGCCAAGAACCAGCCCCUGAAACAUCUGACGGGCCAGUCUUACGAGGCCCUCAACAUAUUUCACCGUCGUGUCGGCGAGCUGCUCUGCCUGCUGGCGGCGGUGCACUUUGGCGGCAUGAUUGCCUUUCAGUUCUUCAAGCCCGAGUGGCUCAUGCGCGGCACCUUCUGGGCCUUCCUGCAGCACCGCCUCGUGCUCCUCGGCAUCGGCGCCUUUGUCUCGUACGAACUGCUGUACCUGACGUCGCUGGGCAGUGUCCGGCAGAGAUGGUACGAACUGUUCCUGGCAUGCCAUGUCCUUCUGCAGAGUACGGCCCUCGUCUUCCUCUGGCUCCACUACCACACGGCGAGGCCCUAUGUCACGGCGGCCUUGGUCAUCUUCGCCGUCGAUCGGCUCGUCUGGCGGCUGCUUAUCAAGCAGGCGACGCUGUCAGCAGACCUCACCGUGCUGCCAGACGGCGACACGAUUCUGCUCUCCGCCAAUUGGGACAUGGCGCCGGCGACAGCGUUGCAGAGGGGCAUCAAGGCUGGGUGGAAGCCGACGGACCAUGUGUUCCUGACGGUCCCCGCCCUCGGUCGCACGCAUGCCCUGCAAACACACCCCUUUACCAUUGCAUCAGCUGCACCAUCAUCUACCGGCAGCAGCAGUAGCAGCAGCAGCAGCGGCAACAGCGGGAAUGAGGCUCGUCGUGGUGCUGCCGGCGGCACUCCCCAUGCAUGGCUCAAACUAUUAAUUCGUGCGCAUAGUGGCUUUACCAGGGACCUCCUCUACUACGCGCACAGGCACAGGACGGUAUCAGUGCGCGUCGAUGGGCCGUACGGGUCCUCGCACGCCAUGGACACGCUGCGAUCGGGAGAUGAUGUGAUCCUCGUCGCCGGCGGUUCCGGCAUCGCCGUCACCUUUCCCCUGGCCUGGGCCCUGCUUAAGGAUCACCAAGAGGACGAGGAGCGAGGCCGGGAUGUGCCGCCGGCAAGCCUGCUGCUCGAGUCGGGCGGCGACGAGGGCAAGGAUGCUGCGCGGAGAGUGCGUCUGCUGUGGAUCAUCCACUCUGACGAGCACCGGUAUUGGGUGCCCGGAUCACUGCUCGACGACCUCGUCGCGGCCGGCCUGCACCUCGUCGUGUCGCGUCCCACGGCCGUGGCCGGGCGACCGGAUGUGCAGGGCCACGUGCAGAGCUGGAUCAGGGAGGCAGACGCCGACGGGCGGCAAACCCGCGUGCUCGUCUCGGGGCCGGAUGGUCUCAAUCGGGAUGUGAGGAAUACGUGCUCGCAGGCCAUGUGGGGUGGCUCCGACGUUGGCGUCGUCGUAGAGAAAUUCGGCUGGUAG